AUGGCUUUGAAUACAUUACCGCAAGAAUUGAUCGGCGAGGUGGUAGCGCAGGUUGCUCUGUCAGACGAUGGCGAUGAUAUAUGUAACCUCCGGCUCGUCAACCAACAUUGCGCAAGCGUCGCUGGUCAGGCACUCUUCGACUCAGUGUCUAUAUGGCUUGAAGCUAAGUCUCUGAAGCGACUGACAAAGAUUUCGGAGACACGAUCAACGAUCAAGUUCUCUCCCCUUCAAAUCGAUACAUACGAAUAUAGCGAGUACGCGUACUUUCCUGAUGAUCAUUACCACAAAUUGAGGAAGACAAAAGUGAAAAACCAGAAGCAGGCUCUACGUCUGCUACAACUCAUCGAUGAUGAAGCUCAGCAUGAAAAAUACUGGGAAAUGCAAAAUACCUUGUUGCAUACUUCUGGAGCCGCGCUAGAAAUUCUUCGAUCAGCAUUCCGUCAACUACCAUGCGUUCACACAAUCGACAUUGACCUAGCGGACAGUGUUACUGGCGCGAAAGAGCUCAUGAAUGAGUUUAAGCUGAUUCAGGAAACCCUCUCUUGGUGGGAUUCAGCAAAGACUUUACCUAUCCUAUUUGACUCUAUGAUGUCAUUGCCCGGGUCGGUACGCUCUUUUCGCAUUCGCUAUGGAGAAGAGGAAGGGCUGCAUUGCUUCGAUAGGGAUAUGAUCAGGGAACACAGGGAGAGUGGUGCUUCGGAGAUGGGGGCACUCGCACCCUUCACGACGACUUUCAACUUUGCUCAGCUUGAACGACUAGAGUUAAGUCAUGACUAUCAAGAUCUCUUCGCAGAACGCUGGCGCAAUCACGAUCAUUUCGACGACUACUUUUCCGCUACAAAGAAUAUACUUCGCAAGGCUUUACGUCUGAAGCACGUAAAGAUACAAAUCCCUCCCAGUCUCAAACCAGAGCACAACAAUCAGUACAAAUUUACCGAAUCCCUUAGCCAAGUACCCUUUUCGUAUCUGCAAACGCUCGAGUUAAUCAACUUGCGAGUCAUGGUCCAGCAACCCCUAUCGAAGAUGCUCGACAAUCGAUUCUUCGCAUUGGAAAAGGUGUCCCUCGAAUUCAGUGAUCAACAAUCGGACUGGACCGCAUUUGUGACGACCCAGAGACGAGCCGGUUGGCAAAGGCUGGAGGUCUUCGAAAUGUCACGCUACUGCCCAUCACAUGAGCCAAUCUGCUGGAAUAUUACCGCGUACGUGAGUAUGAAGACGGACCAGAAUCCAAUGGAAGAGCUCAUCGAACUUGCUUGA